AAGCAAAACAAAAAAGAGGCGAAGAUCGAGUAGGAACUGCAGGGGAAAUGGAAAGUCCCUGACAGGCUGGAUGAAAUGAGAUCCCCAUGUAGCAAUUGCCAUGGAAACCUGUGACUCCCCUCCUAUCUCAAGGCAGGAAAAUGGGCAGAGCACAUCAAAGCUAUGUGGAACGGCACAACUUGAUAAUGAGGUGCCAGGGAAAGUUGCAGGGAUGGAGCCUGACAGGGAAAACAGCUCCACAGAUGACAACCUGAAAACCGAUGAGCGCAAAAGCGAAGUCUUGCUGGGUUUCAGCGUCGAGAAUGCAGCUGCCACUCAGGUUACCUCAGCCAAGGAGAUACCGUGCAACGAAUGUGCCACUUCUUUUCCCAGUUUACAGAAAUACAUGGAACACCACUGCCCGAAUGCCCGCCUUCCGGUCCUGAAGGAUGACAACGAGAGCGAGAUCAGCGAGUUAGAGGACAGUGACGUGGAAAACCUAACAGGGGAGAUCGUUUACCAGCCUGAUGGGUCAGCUUAUAUAAUCGAGGACUCCAAAGAAAGUGGGCAGAAUGCACAGACUGGGGCAAAUAGCAGACUCUUUUCUGCAGCGAUGUUUCUGGACUCCCUGGCAUCUGCUGGAGAGAAGAGUGAUCAGUCUGCUUCUGCGCCUCUGUCGUUCUACCCACAGAUCAUCAACACUUUUCAUAUCGCUUCAUCCCUCGGGAAACCAUUUACAGCCGAUCAGGCUUUCCCAAAUACCUCAGCACUAGCAGGAGUUGGUCCUGUGUUGCACAGUUUCCGUGUCUAUGAUCUCCGACACAAGAGAGAGAAAGACUAUCUCACCAGUGAUGGCUCAGCCAAAAACUCCUGUGUGUCCAAAGAUGUCCCCAACAAUGUGGACUUGUCCAAGUUCGAUGGUUGUGUUAGCGAUGGGAAAAGGAAACCUGUUUUAAUGUGUUUCUUGUGCAAGUUGUCUUUUGGUUACAUCAGGUCUUUUGUAACCCAUGCUGUGCACGAUCAUCGGAUGACCCUUAACGAGGAGGAGCAGAAGCUCCUCAGUAACAAGUGCGUCUCCGCCAUAAUACAGGGGAUUGGCAAGGACAAAGAACCUCUUAUAAGCUUUCUGGAACCAAAAAAAUCCACUUCUGUUUAUCCCCAUUUUUCUACUACAAACCUCAUAGGACCCGACCCAACCUUCCGCGGUUUAUGGAGCGCUUUUCAUGUUGAAAAUGGUGACUCUUUGCCGGCUGGCUUUGCCUUCUUGAAGGGGAGCGCGAGCACCCCCGGCGCCGCAGAGCCGCCGCUGGGGAUCACCCAAAUGCCAAAGGCUGAAGUGACUCUGGGGGGGCUGUCUAGUUUAGUAGUGAACACCCCGAUUACCUCCGUCUCCCUCAGCCACUCAUCGUCUGAGUCGAGCAAGAUGUCAGAGAGCAAAGACCAAGAGGACAACUGUGAAAGGCCAAAAGAGAGCAACGCUUUGCACCCCGACGGGGAGUGCCCGGUCAAGAACGAACCCACCGAGGCGGGAGAUGAGGACGAAGAGGACGCGUACUCCAAUGAACUUGACGACGAGGAAGUAUUAGGUGAACUCACCGAUGGUCUUGGUAACAAAGAUUUCCCUCUCUUAAACCAAAGUAUUUCUCCUUUAUCAUCCAGUGUGCUAAAAUUCAUCGAAAAGGGCCCCUCGUCCUCCUCGGCCACUGUCUCGGAUGACCCAGAAAAGAAAAAGCAGGCCGCCGCCGCCGCCGCCGCCGUCAGGGCCGGUGGUGGUGGUGGUGGUGGUGGGGUCGCCAACAGCUACGGCAUCAGUGGCAAGGACCUGGCAGAAGCGAGUGCCAGUAAAGACGGCGCCACGGCCGCUCACCCAAGUGAGACGGCCCGGGGGGACGAAGACAGCUCGGCUGUUCCUCACCAGCACGGCUUCACCCCGGGGCCCGGGGGAGACGGCUCCCCGGGCAGUGGCAUCGAGUGUCCCAAGUGCGACACGGUUUUGGGGUCCUCGAGGUCUCUUGGGGGUCAUAUGACCAUGAUGCACUCAAGGAACUCAUGCAAAACCCUCAAAUGUCCCAAAUGUAACUGGCACUACAAGUACCAGCAGACCCUGGAGGCCCACAUGAAGGAGAAACACCCCGAGCCGGGCGGCUCCUGUGUUUAUUGUAAGACUGGACAGCCUCACCCCAGGCUCGCCCGGGGCGAGAGUUACACGUGUGGCUAUAAACCCUUCCGCUGUGAGGUUUGUAACUACUCUACCACUACCAAAGGCAACCUCAGUAUCCAUAUGCAGUCGGACAAACACCUGAACAAUGUGCAGAACCUCCAAAACGGCAACGGCGAGCAGGUGUUCGGCCACUCGGCCCCGGCCCCCAACACCAGCCUCAGUGGCUGCGGGACCCCCUCCCCGUCCAAACCCAAGCAGAAACCCACCUGGCGCUGCGAGGUGUGCGAUUACGAAACCAACGUGGCCCGGAACCUGCGGAUUCACAUGACCAGCGAGAAGCACAUGCACAACAUGAUGCUCCUGCAGCAGAACAUGAAGCAGAUCCAGCAUAACCUGCACUUGGGCCUCGCCCCGGCCGAGGCGGAGCUGUAUCAGUACUACCUAGCCCAGAACAUAGGCCUGACCGGCAUGAAGCUGGAAAGCCCCGGCGACCCACAGCUGAUGAUCAACCCCUUCCAGCUGGACCCGGCGACGGCGGCCGCCCUGGCCCCGGGACUUGUAAAUAAUGAGCUGCCGCCUGAAAUCCGGCUUGCCAGUGGUCAGCUAAUGGGUGAUGACCUGUCCCUCCUUACUGCAGGAGAGCUGUCACCUUAUAUCAGUGACCCAGCGCUGAAGCUAUUCCAGUGUGCUGUUUGCAACAAAUUCACCUCUGACAGCCUGGAGGCCCUAAGCGUGCAUGUGAGCAGUGAGCGCUCUCUCCCCGAAGAGGAAUGGAGGGCUGUAAUUGGAGAUAUCUACCAGUGCAAGCUCUGUAACUACAACACUCAGCUGAAAGCCAACUUCCAGCUCCACUGCAAGACUGAUAAACAUAUGCAGAAAUAUCAACUGGUGGCUCACAUUAAAGAAGGGGGCAAAAGCAAUGAGUGGCGGCUGAAGUGUAUUGCCAUUGGCAACCCUGUUCACCUCAAAUGUAACGCCUGUGACUACUACACCAACAGCGUGGAUAAAUUACGCUUGCAUACCACCAAUCACAGGCACGAGGCGGCCCUGAAGCUCUACAAGCACUUGCAGAAGCAAGAGGGUACAGUGAAUCCUGAAUCCUGCUCUUACUACUGUGCCGUGUGCGAUUACUCCACCAAGGUCAAGUUGAACCUGGUACAGCAUGUCCGGUCGGUGAAGCACCAGCAGACUGAGGGCCUACGUAAACUCCAGCUCCACCAGCAAGGCCUGACACCAGAGGAGGACAACCUCAGUGAGAUCUUUUUUGUGAAAGACUGUCCACCAAAUGAGCUUGAAACUGCCUCUUUGGGAGCCAGGACCUGUGAGGAUGAUCUUACCGAGCAGCAGUUGAGGGCAACCUCAGAAGAACAAAGUGAGGAGGCAGAAGGAGCUGUUAAACCUACAGCCGGGGCUGAGGAGGAUGAGAAAGACACAAGUGAGAGAGACAAUAAUGAAGGCAAAAACUCUAAUAAAGACUCUGGAAUAAUUACACCAGAAAAGGAGCUAAAAGUCAGUGUGGCAGGGGGAACCCAGCCACUCCUGCUGGCAAAAGAAGAUGAUGUGGCAACAAAAAGAUCAAAACCUACAGAGGACAAUAAAUUCUGUCACGAACAGUUCUAUCAGUGUCCUUAUUGUAACUACAAUAGUAGGGACCAAAGUCGUAUCCAGAUGCACGUCCUGUCACAGCACUCGGUGCAGCCGGUCAUCUGCUGUCCCCUCUGCCAGGACGUCCUCAGCAACAAAAUGCACCUCCAACUGCAUCUGACGCAUUUGCACAGUGUGUCUCCAGAUUGUGUGGAGAAGCUGCUUAUGACAGUGCCUGUCCCUGAUGUGAUGAUGCCCAACAGCUUGCUACUGCCAGCGGCCGCCUCUGAGAAGUCGGAGCGGGACACACCUGCAGCUAUCACAGCUGAGGGGGCGGGGAAAUAUUCAGGUGAAAGUCCAAUGGAUGACAAAAGUAUGGCGGGCCUUGACGAUUCAAAGGCUAGCAUGGAAAUAAAGAGUGAGGAGCAGAAACCAACUAAAGAACCCGCAGAAGUGUCGGAAUGGAAUAAAAACAGCAGUAAGGAUAUGAAAAUCUCCGAUUCGCUGCAGGAUCAGUUAAGUGAACAGCAAAAAAGGCAACCACUCUCUGUUUCGGACCGCCACGUUUACAAGUAUCGCUGUAACCAUUGUAGCUUGGCUUUUAAGACUAUGCAGAAGCUUCAGAUACAUUCCCAGUAUCAUGCGAUUCGGGCCGCGACGAUGUGUAACCUCUGUCAGCGUAGUUUCCGUACAUUCCAGGCUUUAAAAAAACACUUGGAAGCAGGCCACCCUGAACUGAGUGAAGCUGAACUUCAACAGCUCUAUGCCUCCUUGCCCGUGAAUGGCGAACUGUGGGCAGAGAGUGAAACUAUAGCCCAGGACGACCAUGCCCUAGAGCAGGAAAUGGAGAGAGAGUACGAGGUGGACCAUGAGGGGAAGGCAAGUCCUGUAGGAAGUGACAGUAGCUCUAUUCCGGAUGACAUGGGCUCUGAACCAAAGCGGACCUUACCUUUUAGAAAAGGGCCAAAUUUUACGAUGGAAAAAUUCCUCGAUCCAUCUCGCCCAUAUAAAUGUACAGUGUGUAAAGAGUCGUUCACGCAAAAGAACAUUCUCUUGGUCCAUUAUAAUUCAGUGUCUCACCUGCAUAAGUUGAAAAAGGUUUUGCAGGAAGCCUCCAGCCCUGUUCCUCAAGAAACCAACAGCAGCACAGAUAACAAACCCUACAAGUGCAGCAUCUGCAAUGUUGCAUACAGCCAAAGUUCGACCUUGGAAAUCCACAUGAGGUCUGUGCUCCACCAGACAAAGGCAAGGGCUGCAAAGCUGGAGCCCAGCGGUCACGUGGCCGGCGGGCACGGCGUCGCAGCCAACAUUAAUAGUCCCGGCCAAGGGAUGUUAGAUUCCAUGAGUUUAGCAGCAGUAAGCAGCAAAGAUACUCACUUAGAUGCCAAAGAAUUAAACAAAAAGCAAACUCCGGAAUUAAUCUCUGCUCAGCCUACACAUCACCCGCCGCAGUCACCAGCACAGAUUCAGAUGCAGCUGCAGCACGAGUUGCAACAGCAGGCUGCGUUCUUUCAGCCUCAGUUUCUCAACCCCGCCUUUCUGCCUCAUUUUCCUAUGACCCCGGAAGCGCUGCUGCAGUUUCAGCAGCCUCAGUUUCUCUUUCCAUUCUACAUCCCCGGGACGGAGUUCAGCUUGGGGCCGGAUUUGGGCUUGCCGGGCUCUGCUGCCUUCGGGAUGCCUGGCAUGACGGGAAUGGCCGGGUCCUUGCUUGAAGACUUGAAGCAGCAGAUUCAAACCCAGCAUCACGUUGGCCAAACUCAACUCCAGAUACUCCAGCAGCAAGCACAACAGUACCAGGCCACACAGCCCCAGCUGCAGUCUCAAAAGCCGCAACCACAGCCACAGCCGCAGCCGCAGCCGCAGCCGCAGCAGCAGCAGCAGGCCAGCAAAUUACUGAAACAAGAGCAAACCACCAUGGCCAGUGCCGAAGGCCCCAUCAUGAAGGAUGUACCCUCUUACAAGGAGGCAGAAGAGAUUGUUGAAAAGCAAGACAAGCCAAAGCAAGAAUUUAUAAGUGAAGGUGAAGGGCUCAAAGAAGGCAAAGACGGAAAGAAGCAAAAGUCCUUGGAACCACCCAUGCCGCCGCCCCGGAUCGCUUCCGGGGCUCGAGGAAACGCAGCCAAAGCGUUACUGGAAAACUUUGGUUUCGAACUGGUCAUUCAGUAUAAUGAGAACAGGCAGAAGGUACAGAAGAAGGGCAAAAGUGGGGAAGGGGAAGGCACCGAGAAGCUGGAAUGCGGAACAUGUGGGAAGUUGUUCUCCAAUGUUCUUAUUCUAAAGAGUCACCAAGAACAUGUACAUGGCCAGUUUUUUCCGUAUGGAGCACUAGAAAAAUUUGCUCGACAGUAUAGGGAGGCCUAUGAUAAGCUUUAUCCCAUUUCGCCAUCUUCCCCAGAAACGCCGCCUCCCCCACCGCCUCCUCCCCCGCUGCCUCCAGCUCCUCCGCAGCCUUCCUCCCUAGGGCCCGUGAAACUGCCAGCCGCGGUCUCUACUCCGCUACAAGCCCCACCGCCCACUCCCCCGCCGCCGCCUCCCCCGCCCCCGCCCCCACCCCCGCCCCCGCCCCCUCCUCCAUCCGCUCCCCCGCAGGUCCAGCUGCCCGUGUCCCUGGACCUUCCGCUCUUCCCUUCCAUCAUGAUGCAGCCCGUGCAGCAUCCUGCACUGCCUCCCCACCUCGCGCUGCAGCUGCCCCAGAUGGAUACGCUCUCGGCGGACCUCACUCAGCUCUGCCAGCAGCAGCUCGGAUUAGAUCCCAACUUCCUAAGGCAUUCUCAGUUCAAACGCCCGCGGACGAGAAUUACAGAUGACCAGCUGAAGAUCCUGAGGGCUUAUUUUGACAUCAAUAACUCUCCGAGUGAAGAACAGAUCCAAGAAAUGGCAGAGAAAUCUGGCCUCUCUCAAAAGGUUAUCAAGCACUGGUUUCGAAAUACGCUUUUUAAGGAGCGGCAGAGAAAUAAGGAUUCGCCCUACAACUUCAGUAACCCUCCCAUAACAGUUUUGGAAGAUAUCAGAAUUGAGCCCCAGCCCUCGUCUUUAGAACAUUACAAAUCUGACGCAUCCUUCAGUAAAAGGUCUUCGAGAACCAGGUUUACGGACUACCAGCUUAGGGUUCUUCAAGACUUUUUUGACACCAACGCUUACCCAAAAGAUGAUGAAAUAGAACAACUUUCUACCGUUCUCAAUCUACCUACCCGGGUUAUUGUUGUAUGGUUCCAGAAUGCUCGUCAGAAGGCGCGGAAGAGUUACGAGAAUCAAGCAGAAGCUAAAGAUAACGAGAAAAGAGAACUUACGAAUGAGCGGUAUAUUCGAACCAGCAACAUGCAGUACCAGUGUAAAAAGUGCAAUGUGGUUUUCCCCAGGAUCUUUGACUUGAUUACGCAUCAGAAGAAGCAGUGUUAUAAGGAUGAAGAUGAUGAUGCCCAAGAUGAAAGCCAAACCGAAGACUCUAUGGACGCCACGGAUCAGGUGGUGUAUAAGCAUUGCACAGUGUCUGGCCAGACGGAGGCACCCAAAAACGCUCCUGCCCUUGCGGCAAGUUCUGGCUCUGGGACUAGCACCCCUCAGAUUCCAUCACCCAAACCAGAACUGGAGAAGACGUCUCCCAAACCCGAAUAUCCCACAGAAAAGCCAAAGCAGAGUGACCCCUUGCCGCCUUCUCAAGGCACCAAGCCAGCCCAGCCGUCAGCAUCCGCUUGCUCAGACCCACCGCCGGCCUCGGCCGCUCAGCCCCAGCCCCAGCCACCAAAACAACCCCAACUUAUGGGAAGACCUCCCUCGGCCUCCCAGACCCCGGUCCCCUCCAGUCCGCUGCAGAUUUCCAUGACUUCUCUCCAGAACAGUCUACCUCCACAGUUACUACAAUACCAAUGUGAUCAGUGCACAGUUGCCUUCCCGACUCUGGAACUCUGGCAGGAGCACCAGCACAUGCACUUCCUGGCUGCUCAGAACCAAUUCCUUCACUCCCCGUUCCUGGAACGGCCCAUGGACAUGCCCUACAUGAUAUUCGACCCCAACAACCCGCUGAUGACUGGACAGCUGCUGAGUGGCUCUCUCGCACAGAUGCCCCCUCAGACCACUUCCUCCCACCCCGCAGCCCCGGCCACAGUUGCUGCUUCCCUGAAGAGGAAACUGGAGGAUAGAGAAGAUAAUAACGGCAGUGAGAAGGAAGGCGGGAAUAGCGGCGAGGACCAGCACCGUGAUAAACGCUUGAGAACCACCAUCACCCCCGAACAACUGGAAAUUCUCUACGAGAAAUACUUACUGGAUUCCAAUCCUACCCGGAAAAUGCUUGAUCACAUCGCACGUGAGGUGGGGCUGAAGAAAAGAGUCGUGCAAGUCUGGUUCCAGAAUACACGAGCGCGAGAAAGGAAGGGCCAAUUCCGGGCGGUGGGUCCAGCCCAGUCUCAUAAACGGUGUCCCUUUUGCCGAGCCCUGUUCAAGGCGAAGUCGGCCUUGGAAAGCCACAUUCGCUCCCGGCACUGGAAUGAGGGAAAGCAGGCAGGUUACAGCUUGCCACCGAGCCCUUUAAUAUCAACAGAAGACGGGGGAGAAAGCCCACAGAAGUACAUUUACUUUGAUUAUCCAUCCCUGCCAUUAACUAAAAUUGAUCUCUCAAGCGAGAAUGAAUUGGCUUCUACCGUGUCAACGCCUGUUAGCAAAACGGCAGAGCUGUCGCCGAAGCAUCUUUUAAGCCCUUCUUCUUUUAAAGCGGAAUGUUCUGAGGAUGUAGAGACUCUAAACGCCCCUCCUGCUGAGGCUGGGUAUGAUCAAAAUAAAACUGACUUUGAUGAGACUUCGUCAAUUAAUACAGCGAUCAGUGACGCCACCACCGGAGAUGAGGGAAACGCAGAAAUGGAGAGCACCACUGGAAGUUCUGGAGAUGUGAAGCCAGCCUUAUCUCCCAAAGAGCCGAAAACUCUGGACACUCUGCCAAAAACAGCAACCACGCCCACCACGGAGGUCUGCGAUGAAAAAUUUCUCUUUUCUCUCACGAGUCCCUCGAUACCUUUCAGUGAUAAAGAAGGUGACCAUGACCAAAGCUUUUAUAUCACCGAUGACCCCGAUGACAAUGCUGACCGCAGUGAAACGUCCAGCAUAGCUGACCCAAGUUCACCGAAUCCAUUCGGAUCCAGCAAUCCUUUCAAAUCUAAAGGGAACGAUCGACCAGGUCACAAGCGUUUCAGAACCCAGAUGAGCAAUCUCCAACUCAAGGUUCUCAAGGCUUGCUUUAGUGACUACCGAACUCCAACCAUGCAAGAAUGUGAGAUGCUAGGGAAUGAGAUCGGUCUGCCCAAACGUGUGGUCCAGGUGUGGUUCCAGAAUGCAAGGGCAAAGGAAAAGAAAUUUAAAAUUAACAUAGGGAAGCCUUUCAUGAUCAAUCAAAGUGGAACGGAAGGCACCAAACCAGAGUGUACCCUCUGUGGGGUGAAGUACUCUGCCCGCUUGUCCAUCAGAGAUCAUAUUUUCUCCAAACAGCACAUCUCAAAAGUGAGGGAGACUGUUGGGAGUCAGCUUGAUCGGGAGAAAGAUUACUUGGCUCCGACGACUGUUCGACAGCUGAUGGCACAGCAAGAACUUGACCGUAUAAAGAAAACUUCAGAUGUGCUGGGCUUAGCGGUACAGCAGCCAAGCAUGAUGGACAGCAGCUCCCUUCAUGGCAUCAGUCUGCCAGCAGCCUAUCCAGGACUCCCCGGCCUCCCCCCAGUCCUUCUCCCUGGAAUGAACGGUCCAUCCUCCUUGCCCGGAUUUCCACAAAAUUCAAACACUUUAACACCUCCCGGUGCAGGCAUGCUUGGGUUUCCUACUUCAGCUACUUCGUCUCCUGCCCUGUCUCUCAGCAGCGCCCCCACCAAACCUUUGCUGCAGACUCCACCACCUCCACCACCUCCUCCUCCUCCUCCUCCUCCAUCCUCUCUGUCAGGACAGCAGACCGAGCCGCAGAACAAAGAAUCUGAGAAAAAGCAAACGAAGCCAAACAAGGUCAAAAAAAUCAAAGAGGAGGAAUUAGAGGCCACCAAACCGGAAAAACACCCCAAAAAAGAGGAAAAAGUCUCAUCUGCUCUUUCAGUGUUGGGCAAAGUCGUAGGCGACACGCAUGUGGAUCCGUCUCAGCUGCAGGCUUUACAGAACGCGAUUGCUGGCGACCCCGCGUCCUUCCUAGGGGGACAGUUCUUGCCAUACUUUAUCCCUGGGUUUGCUUCCUAUUUCACCCCUCAGCUCCCCGGAACGGUGCAAGGAGGGUACCUCCCGCCCGUCUGUGGCAUGGAGAGCCUCUUU